AUGACAGCCGCCGUCCUCGCACGCCCGACGCUGGGCAACGUCCAGUGCUUCGGCAGGAAGAAGACCGCCGUGGCUGUGGCCCACUGCAAGCCCGGCCGCGGCCUCAUCAAGGUCAGCGGCGCGCCGAUCGAGCUCGUCCGCCCAGAGAUGCUCCGCCUCAAGGCCCUGGAGCCGAUCCUGCUCGCCGGGAAGUCCCGCUUCAAGGGCAUCGACAUGAGGAUCCGCGUGCGCGGCGGCGGCAAGGUGAGCCAGGUCUACUCGAUCCGCCAGGCCAUCGCCAAGGCGCUCGUCGCCUACAACCAGAAGUACGUCGACGAGGCAGCCAAGAAGGAGGUCAAGGAGAUCCUGGGCCGCUAUGACCGCACGCUGCUCGUCGCCGACCCGCGCCGUUGUGAGCCCAAGAAGUUCGGCGGCCGCGGCGCCCGUGCCCGCUUCCAGAAGUCGUACCGUUGA